GGCUUCAUUCUAGUUCCCUUUAAAAGUUUCCGACCCACUCUCAUCUCUCUUAACACAUCGCCCGCCGCCAAACCAGCCUCGUCUUCCUCUUCCCUUUUUUAUUAUCGAAACCACUUGUGACCAUUAUCGUCAAUCUAUUUCUCUCUGGUUUUCUGUUUUAUCCCACACCAUUAAAACCGCUCUUCUCAACUCUCCUAUUACCUCCCCUUUUUUAUUAUAUUUAUUAUUUAUGGGGUUAGGGUUUCUAGUCGAAGGUAAUGUCGCAGAAAACCUAUUUCUGUCUCUAUAAAUUGCAGGAAUUUUCUUUGGAGUGACUUUCCAGGUGAACCAAGGCUUGAUUCUUUUAUUUUCCCGAUAUAUAUUGGACAAAUGACGACUGCAGAAGCAGCAGCAGCCAAUCUUGGCCCGCGGUAUGCACCGGAUGAUCCUACUCUUCCGAAACCUUGGAAGGGGCUGAUUGAUGGAACAACUGGCCUCCUUUAUUACUGGAAUCCUGAGAACAAUGUCACCCAAUACGAAAGGCCAACCAUUUUGCCUCCACCCCUGCCACCGGGACCUCCUCCUGCAGUUUCCACACCUAAGCUAACUCCAAUUUCUGUUGCCCACUCCGCACAACCUAAUGGUGCGGUGGCACAGAUGAGCCAGGUGCAAGUUGUCCAGGGUGCAAAACAGCUGGGGCAGCAAAUGAGCCAAUUAGCUCAACAGCAAGGACAAAUAGUUGGGCAGCAACAGGGUUCAAUGGUAGCUCAGGUUACGGAUCAGCAGGGUGCACAACAACCAGGUCCACAAAUGGGACAGCAGGGGCAGUUUAUCCCGCAGCAACAUAGGCCACAGGCAAUGCAGCACCCAAAUCAGCAAAUGGUGUCUCAAAUUGGGCAGCAGACAAUGCAGCAUCAAAACUCACAAAUGGCACAACCACAAGGACAACAAUAUGCACAUCAGCAUUUGCAGUAUAUGGCAUAUCAACAAAGUGUGCUUCCACAGGGCCAACAAAGUUCUCAGCAGCUCGCUCCUCAUGGUGCACAACACCAGGGUCAGCAGUAUCCAAAUCGAGAAGAUUAUAAAGCAGCAGUUCCGAAAAAGGAGGAUGUUGAUUUUCAGCUAGGGAACCAAACUGGGUUUUCUCCUGCUCAAUUUCAACAGAUGGGCACAUCUUCUCAGAACCACUCUGCUGGAACUAAUUCAGUUCAGACUCCACCGGCAGGUUUAUAUUCAGGUCAACAACAGCAGUUUACAGGCUCCUCUGUCAAUAUGCAACAGCCAACCUCUAUGACUCAUUCACAGCAAACUGGAACAGAUUUGGUUCAGCGGCAGCAGGGUCAUAGGUUUCAGAAUCAGAUGGGCCCAUCCGUUUUACAGGCUAGUAUGCCUCCUCCUGGUUUAAAUACUGGUUAUGAAGAUAAACUACACGGCAGAUCUGGAAAUGAUUACUACUUUAGUGGUAGCAAAGAUGGGCAAAUGAUGGGUCCACAGCAGCCAUCUCUUUCUGCUAUACCCAUGGAGACAAGGAUGAGUGGUCUGCCACAUCAAAAUGUGCUUGGUCAUGGUGGGGGAUUUAAUGCUAUUGGAGGUCAUGCGGUGCAUAACAUGUAUGGUCAUGCUGGUCCACCUUAUCCCAAUAAUGCCUUGAUGAGGCCUCCAUUUGUUGCAUCUGCAGAUGCUAAUCAUCUGUCUCCAGCUGAUGCAUAUCGUAAGCAGCAUGAAGUCACAGCAACGGGAGACAACGUUCCAGCACCAUUCAUAAGAUUUGAAGAUACUGGUUUCCCUCCAGAGAUACUGAGAGAGAUUCAUUCUGCUGGUUUUUCCUCUCCCACUCCAAUACAAGCACAAACAUGGCCCAUUGCACUACAAAGUCGGGACAUUGUGGCUAUUGCUAAAACUGGUUCUGGUAAAACAUUGGGCUACUUGAUUCCCGCUUUCAUGCUUUUGAGGCAACGGCAUAACAACCCUCUGAAUGGCCCAACAGUGUUGGUUUUGGCUCCAACUCGCGAGCUUGCUACACAAAUACAGGAAGAGGCCAUAAAAUUUGGCCGAUCUUCAAGAGUCUCUUGCACGUGUUUGUAUGGUGGGGCUCCAAAGGCUAAUCAAUUGAAAGAGUUAGAUCGAGGAGCUGAUAUUGUAGUGGCAACUCCUGGUCGGCUAAAUGACAUCCUUGAAAUGAAGAAAAUUGAGUUUGGACAGGUGUCACUCCUUGUUCUUGAUGAAGCAGAUCGAAUGCUUGACAUGGGUUUUGAGCCCCAGAUUCGCAAGAUUGUUAAUGAGAUACCUCCUCGCAGACAAACUCUGAUGUACACUGCAACAUGGCCCAAGGAGGUUAGAAAAAUAGCAGGUGACCUCCUUGUCAAUCCUGUCCAGGUGAACAUUGGCAGUGUUGAUGAGCUUGCUGCCAAUAAGUCUAUCACCCAGUAUGUUGAGGUUGUUCCCCAGAUGGAGAAGGAGAGGCGCCUGGAGCAGAUUCUCCAAGCUCAAGAGCGCGGUUCAAAGGUUAUUAUUUUUUGCUCCACUAAGAGGUUGUGUGACCAGCUUGCUCGUAGUCUUGGACGCAACUUUGGAGCUGUUGCUUUCCAUGGAGAUAAAUCUCAAAAUGAAAGGGACUGGGUGUUGAGUCAGUUCCGAACUGGGAAAUCCCCCAUAUUGGUUGCCACUGAUGUUGCUGCUCGUGGGCUUGACAUCAAAGAUAUAAGGGUGGUUAUCAAUUUUGAUUUCCCUACCGGCAUUGAGGACUAUGUUCACCGAAUUGGAAGGACUGGAAGAGCUGGUGCAACUGGGGUGUCGUUCACCUUUUUCUCUGAGCAGGACUGGAAGUAUGCCCCUGACUUGAUUCAAGUUCUGGAGAGAGCUAACCAGCAUGUGCCUCCUGAGGUGCGAGAGAUAGCUUCUCGUGGUGGGCCUGGUUUUGGGAAGGAUCGAGGUGGAAUGAAUAGAUUUAAUUCUCCUAGUGGUAGUGGUGGGCGUUGGGAUUCUGGAGGCCGUGGUGGAAUGAGGGAUGGAGGCUUUGGUGGCCGUGGUGGAAUGAGGGAUGGGGGCUUUGGUGGGCGUGGUGGCAUGAGAGAUGGUUUUGGCGGUCGUGGUGGUAUGAGGGAUAGUGGCUUUGGUGGUCCUGGAGGGAGAGGUGACCCAUUUUCUGGACGUGGAAACCGAGGAGGACGUGGAUUUGGUGGCCCUGCUGGUGGUCAUGUUGGUUGGGGCAGGAAUGAGAGAAGCUUGCAUGAUCAAUAUAAUAAUUUUGACGGGCGAGGACGUGGUCGUGGACGAGGACGGGGACGAUUUGAUAACAGAAGAGGCAUUGGUGAUAGAAGUAGAGGCAGAAGCUAUAGCCGAAGUCCUGACAUGGUUCGAACUUGGCGCCGUAGCCGUAGCCGUAGCCGUAGCCGCAGUGGGAGUCGGAGUUGGAGUAGGAGUAGUAGGAGUAGGAGUCGAAGCAGAAGCAGAAGCAGGAGCUGGUCACGUGGUCGUAGCCGCAGCUACAGCCGUAGUCCUGGUCGAGGGCGGAGCCGAAGCCAUAGCCAUGGCCGCCGCAGUCGAAGCCGUAGUCACAGCUAUGAGCGGAAGGAUGUUGCAAAGCGGGCAUUUGAUUCUCCUCCUGCUUCCAACGAACAUAACUUGCAACAGAAGGAUGUUGCGAAGCGAGCAUUUGAUUCUCCUCCUCCUCCCAACAAACAGAACUUAGAGCAGAAGGAUGUUGCAAAGCAGGCAUUUGAUUCACCUGGUGCACAAGGCAAUUCAGUGCCAGAAAAUAAUUCUAUAGAACCGUUACAAACAGUCGGAAUUUCUGAGCUACCUCAAGGAGAGGAGGGUGCAGGCAAAGUGCAUGAAUCAGUGACUGAGCCAUAAGUUCUGUUUUUGCAGCUUGGCAUUUUAGCUGACCCCAACUUAUGUUGGCGCCUGCUUCCUAUAGUGAUGGUGCGGCUAAUGUUUUUAAGAUGAGGUUUGGAAUGGUGAAAAAUCUUAAUCAAACCAGCUGACACUAGUACUACAUGCUGCUGCCGUUUGGAGUUUCUGUUUUAGAAUUAUCACCAACAAUAGAGAUGUUUUGGUAUAUGGUAUCGGAGGGCCCCUUUAAGCCUUCGCCAUUUAUAUACUUGGUGGUUAAUGUUGUGGGAUGCAGUAUCAUGUUAUUAGAUGAACUUUGCCUUAAUUCUUUUGGAUUUAAACAUAUAUAUAACUGCAUCAUGAAUUUGUAAUAUUUUUAAAAUAUAUUUUGAAAUUUCUUGUUGCUCUAUGAUAUAAACCAACUUCAACUAA